UAGACAAGUGUUUAAAAAUGAUGGUCACAUCAUACAAAUAUUUUUGCUAAUGCCAAAAUCUAAGCGAAUAGUGUAUAUUUUACUGUACUACAACCUGUACUUCGAGAAAAUGAAAACUGUUUCCAACUACAACUGAGUGGCGUUGUUGCGCCGGUAGGAGAAGAGAUGAGCCUCCCGGUUUACAUACAGCGAGCCAGGAAAAGCUGAAAAUGCAGACAAACAGACUCUGAAUUGGCUUAUCGAAGCGUGGGGGAUAUGGGCAUACUGCGGGGAAAUGCGAUGAAAUGAUGUCCCCGUUUAUACAAUGAUUUGUCGCGCUGUCUCUUCCUGAAGCCCAAGUGUAAGGACAGCCGCUGGAUUCGCGAAGCGUCCCCCGGUUUCCACUCACUUUCUUGGCAUGCCUUUGGAGCUCGGUCUCGGCUUUUUUCGCUCCUUUCUUCACGCACUGAACGUCAAUACACGGAGACAGGGACACGACUGGUGCAGAGAGACGCAAUGGCUUUGUUGAAAUUCUCACCGUGCACAUAACGCUGUGCUGUCGGUGGUCUCGGCUCUAUGUCAAAAUAAAUCUGAAGAAAAAAAGUAAGAAAUCAAAUAAUUGCAGGAAGAUGGCGCCCACCAAGCCGAGCAUUCAGCAAGACCCUUCAAGAAGAGAACGCGAUGCCUAUUGGGAGAGGCCCCCUAAUGCCAGCUCCUGCUCAGCCUCUAGGCCCAAGACACUCCACCUGGGAGGGCAGCAACACACUUCAUCGCCAUGGUUGCAGGCUCUGAGGAAGGAGAAGUCCCGCGAUGCGGCGCGCUCGCGGCGCGGCAAGGAGAACUUUGAGUUCUACGAGCUGGCCAAGAUGCUGCCGCUGCCGGGGGCCAUCACCAGCCAGCUGGACAAGGCCUCCAUCAUCCGCCUGACCAUCAGCUACCUGAAGAUGAGGGACUUCGCCAACCAGGGAGACCCGCCGUGGAACCUGCGCAUGGAGGGCCCGCCGCCCAACACCUCAGUCAAAGCUAUCGGGGCUCAGAGGAGGAGGAGUCCCAGUGUCGUCGCCUCUGAGAUCUUCGAGCCACACCUCGGGAGCCACAUCCUGCAGUCCCUGGAUGGAUUUGUAUUUGCACUAAACAAGGAGGGGAGGUUUUUGUACAUCUCCGAGACGGUGUCCAUAUACCUGGGCCUCUCACAGGUGGAGUUGACGGGCAGCAGCGUGUUUGACUACGUGCACCCGGGCGACCACGUGGAGAUGGCGGAGCAGCUGGGCAUGAAGCUGCCCCCGGGCAGGGGCCUCCUCUCCCAGGGCACCGCCGAGGACGCCGCCAGCUCCGCAUCCUCCUCCUCGCACUCCGAGACGCCCGAGCCAGUGGAGUCCACCAGUCCGAGUCUGCUGGCGCCUGAUAACUCCCUGGAGCGCUCCUUCUUUGUCCGGAUGAAGUCCACUCUGACCAAGCGAGGCGUCCACAUCAAGUCGUCAGGCUAUAAGGUGAUCCACGUGACGGGCAGGCUGCGGAUACGCAUGGCGCUGACCCACAGUCGCUCGGUGCCCAAUCAGAUCAUGGGAAUGGUGGUGGUGGCGCACGCCCUGCCCCCGCCCACCAUCAACGAGGUGCGCAUCGACUGCCAGAUGUUCGUCACGCGGGUCAACAUGGACCUCAACAUCAUCUACUGUGAAAACAGAAUUAGCGACUACAUGGACCUGACGCCAGUGGACGUGGUGGGGAAGAGAUGCUACCACUUCAUCCAUGCUGAGGACGUGGAGGGCAUCCGGCAGAGCCAUCUGGACCUGAUGAACAAGGGCCAGUGUGUGACCAAGUACUACCGCUGGAUCCAGAAGAACGGCGGCUACAUCUGGAUCCAGUCCAGCGCCACCAUCUCCAUCAACGCCAAGAACGCCAACGAGAAGAACAUCAUAUGGGUCAACUAUGUCCUCAGCAAUCCGGAGUACAAAGACGUGCCCAUGGAUAUCGCACAACUCCCCAACCUCCCUGAGAAGGCAUCCGAGUCAUCAGAGACCUCCGACUCCGAAUCUGACUUCAAGGAUAACUCCGAGGACAACGAGAACUCCAAAUCGGACGGCAAGGGCAACCGCUCCUCGGAGCACAGCGAGGACCCGGAGUCGGACAGCAAGAAGCCGUCGUCGCGGCAACCCUCGCACGAGCAGCAGCGGGAGAUGAUGAUGCGGAGGCAGGAGGAGGAGGAGGCCGAGGCCGACAGCGACAGCAACCCCGAGAGCCAGGACAGCGAGGACAGCCUGGAGGCCUCCGACUGCGAGGCCGAGAACAAGCAGCCGAGGCUGGGCACCGUGGCCGGGGCCGUGGGGGGCGGAGGCGGAGGUGGUGGAGGAGGACGCCUCAGGGGACUGCACAUCAAGGUGGAGCACUACGCAGACACCGAUGCCCUGGAGCUCCCCCACCACCAUAACUCCAACUCGUCGUCGUCCGACGAGGAAGAGGACGAGGAGGAGGACGACGACGACGAUGAGGAGGAGGAUGACGACGACGAUGAUGAUGACAACCCGACGGGGCUCAGCCCGAAGGAUUGCGGCAUGAGCAUCGCCGAGCUCGCCGGCGCGGCCGCCAGCAGCAAGCACCAGAAGCGCAAGAAGAGGCGGAAAAAGCAGAAGUGGAACGGCGGCGGGCGCAGGCAGAGGAUGAGGCUGUCCCCUGGGGAGGACGACGACCCCGCCGUUAGCCCCUCUUCUUCCAUGGCCCUGGGCGGCGCCGGAGAGCAGCCCCCGCUCCUCCCCCCGCCCUCCCCGGCCAGCGCCUCGGUGCUCAAGAUCAAGACGGAGAUGUCGGAGCCCAUCAACUUCGACAACGACAGCAGCAUCUGGAACUACCCGCCCAACCGCGAGAUCUCGCGCAACGAGUCCCCUUACAGCAUGACCAAGCCCCCCAACGGUGGUGGGGGCAGCGGUGGCAGCAGUGGCAGCGAGACCUUCCCCUCUCCGCAGGGCUCAGGGGGACUCCAGGUCUCCAUCCCCGACUCGGUGCUCACCCCUCCAGGCACUGACGGUGGCGGUGGUGGUAGUGUCACCCGGAAACAGGGGUUUCAUGGAAGCGGCACCAACGGAGGCACUCCCAACUCCACCUCCAGCGUGGGCUCGAACCUAGCGCCACCCUCCAGCUCCUCCUCCUCCUCCCCGCCCUCCCCACUCCUCUCGGCCUCCCCGCGGGACAACAAGCAGCCGGGAGGCCCUCCCACCACCCCCACCACCACCACCUCCUCCACCUCCUCCUCUUCCUCCAGCUCGGGCUCCCUGCUCUACAGUGGCGACCUGGAGGCGCUGCAGAGGCUGCAGGCGGGCAACAUGGUGCUUCCCCUGGUGCACCGGGUGACGGGCACCCUGGCUGCCGCCGCCGCUGCCUCCAGCACCUCGGGCUCCGGGGGGGCGCCGCGCGUCUACACCACGGGCACCAUCCGCUACGCGCCGGCCGACGUGACGCUGGCCAUGCAGGGCGCGGCCAACCUGCUGGCGGCGCCCAACGCGCACAGCGCCAUGAACUUUGUGGACGUCAACUCGCCGGGCUUCGCCAUCGACCCCAAGACGCCCAUGGAGAUGCUCUACCACCACGUGCACCGGCUCAACAUGUCGGCGGGCCCCUUCGGCGGCGCUGUCACCGGCGCCAGUCUGACCCAGAUGCCCGCCGCCAACGUCUUCACCACGGCCGAGGGCCUCUUCUCCACGCUGCCCUUCCCCGUCUACAGCAACGGCAUCCACGCCACGCAGACGCUCGACUCUCGCAAGGAGGACUGAGGAGCUCUCGGAGGAGCCAGCGUGGAGGCGAGGCGCUCCCAAGGCUCUCAACAUCCUCCACCAAGGAG